CAUUCGUUGCAGUCGGACGGAUACCGGGUUUUUAUUAUGUACAACCCAGCUUGUGAUGACCAUACUACAGGCUAUAAAAUGCCUGGAACUCAACUUGAUACACUACCUUUCUCAACAUCGCGAUGUUCGCAAAAUUCUCUUUUCUCGCUUCGCUUCUCUCCAUUCUUCCAGCUUUCGUACGGGCUCAAGCCGAUACCAAUCCCUAUGAUGGCUAUCAGGUCUACGUGCCUCCGUACUACGCUGCCGAAGUUGAAGCCGCCGCCGCUAACAUCACUGACUCCUCGCUCUCUGCAAAGGCCUCGGCUGUUGCCGAAAUUCCGACAUUCACCUGGUUCGACCUCGUCUCAAAGGUACCCGAUUUGGGAACCUAUCUCGCGGAUGCCCAGUCCUUGCAAGAAUCGGAGGGCACCAGCUACCUGGUUCAGAUUGUAGUAUACGACCUUCCCGAUCGUGACUGUGCUGCAUCGGCUUCGAAUGGAGAAUUUAGCAUUGCCGAUGAUGGUCUCAAUAAGUACAAGGAUUAUAUUGACCAAAUUGUCGAGCAGGUUUCUCAAUAUACUGAUGUCCGCGUCGUUGCUGUCAUUGAGCCUGAUUCCUUGGCCAAUCUUGUCACAAAUUUGAGUGUAUCUAAAUGCUCCGGCGCUGAAGAUGCUUAUAAGGAGGGAGUUACCUACGCCAUGCAGCAGCUCAGUUCCGUCGGAGUCUAUAUGUACCUUGAUGCAGGCCACGCCGGAUGGCUGGGCUGGCCCGCCAACCUGAGUCCGGCAGCUGAACUCUUCAACGACUUGUACACCGCUGCUGGAUCUCCCGAAUAUGUUCGCGGGCUAGCAACGGACGUCUCUAAUUACAAUGCCCUCAGCGCCACAACUGCGGAUCCUGUCACUUCCGGAAACUCUAACUACGACGAACUUCACUAUAUCGAGGCCUUGGCUCCUUUACUCACAUCCUUCCCCGCUCACUUCAUUGUUGAUCAGGGACGCUCUGGACAACAGGAUAUUCGUAAUGCUUGGGGUGAUUGGUGUAACGUCGUUGGUGCUGGACUUGGAACCCGGCCCACCACUGACACUGGCUUUGACCUAAUUGACGCUAUAGUUUGGGUCAAGCCUCCUGGUGAGUCUGAUGGAACAAGCAACACCAGCUCCUCCAGAUAUGAUUCUAGUUGUGGUUUGUCUGAUUCCGCCACUGAUGCACCGGAAGCUGGAACAUGGUUCCAGUCCUACUUCGCCGAUUUGGUGACCAAUGCCAACCCUUCAUUAUGAUACUUUGCGUUGUUUUCU